AGGGAUUUUCAAUAAAUGCUCAGAGUGCUGGCGUAACUCGGCGAGUCGGGUAGCAUCUCUGGAGAACACAGACUGGUGACGUUUCCAGUUGGGAUCCUUCUACAGAUUUCAGGGAAUUUGAAGACUUCUGUUUGAAAUUGUUCCAGUUCUCUCUCUUGCCCUCGAAGCUCAGCUGUUCAAAUCCAAAGAUGAAUUGCCUUGUGGUCCUGGUAGCUGGUCUUAUUCUCAGUGCCUCUCCGGGUAACGCUUUGCAGUGUUACUUCUGCUUAGGAUCAACUCAAAGAUGCGUGACUAAUACUGUUACCUGCUCUGCGGGGGAGCGAUGCUACCUUGUGACUGUAGAGGCUGCUGGUGCAACGGGUUACAGCGCUGGAUGUUUUCCCCCUGCUGCAUGUAAUGUCCAGCCAACUGUCCCAGGAGCCUCAGUCUCUGUCAGCUGUUGUGAUACUGACCUCUGCAACGCGAGUGACCAAGUUAAAUUAUCUCUUCUGCUGUUCCCUGCUCUGGUCUCAGUCUGGUUUGCAAUAUUUAUGUGAAGCAAGUGCAUAAUAAUAACGCACAGUGCAAUCUUCUGGGUGCUUUUUGUCUGAAGAUCAGGGAUAAUGAGUCUUAACAUUUGAUUUCCAAGAGAUUAGCAACUUAAUCUAACAGAUGUGCAAAUCCUUUUCAUUCCAAAAUCAGUAACCCUCAUCCAGGUUCAGGAUUAGUUCAUCGAUGGUGGUUAGUUCUAUGGGUUCUGUAAUUCCUCAAUCUUACAAUUUACUAUUUAGUUUGUUAUUGAUUUGAAUUAUGUUUUGGAGCUGGUUACAUAUAUAUACAGCUUCAGUAACUCCAACAGAAGGCUGUGAAGGCCAAGUGAAUUGAUAUUUUUACCGCAGAGAUAGAUAGAUUCUUGAUUAGGGCGGGUGUCAGGGGUUAUGUGGAGAAGG